CACCUGGAAAUGAACUCUCUUGAUAGAGCCCAAGCAGCCAAGAACAAAGGCAAUAAAUAUUUUAAAGCGGGAAAAUAUGAACAAGCUAUUCAGUGCUAUACCGAGGCUAUUAGUUUAUGUCCUACAGAGAAGAAUGUCGACCUUUCCACAUUUUAUCAAAACAGAGCUGCUGCCUUUGAACAGUUGCAAAAAUGGAAAGAGGUGGCACAAGAUUGUACAAAGGCUGUUGAACUUAAUCCCAAAUAUGUGAAAGCUCUCUUUAGACGUGCAAAAGCCCACGAGAAGCUAGACAAUAAGAAGGAAUGUUUAGAAGAUGUCACUGCUGUGUGUAUAUUAGAAGGGUUCCAAAAUCAACAGAGCAUGCUAUUAGCUGAUAAAGUUCUUAAACUUCUUGGAAAAGAGAAAGCCAAAGAAAAAUACAAGAAUCGUGAACCUCUGAUGCCAUCUCCACAGUUUAUCAAAUCUUACUUCAGUUCUUUCACGGAUGAUAUCAUCUCUCAGCCCAUGCUUAAAGGAGAGAAGUCUGAUGAAGAUAAAGACAAGGAAGGAGAGGCUUUAGAAGUGAAGGAAAAUUCUGGAUAUUUAAAGGCUAAACAGUAUAUGGAAGAAGAAAACUAUGAUAAAAUCAUAAGUGAAUGCUCAAAAGAAAUAGAUGCUCAAGGCAAAUACAUUGCAGAAGCAUUAUUACUAAGAGCCACCUUCUACCUGCUUAUUGGCAAUGCCAAUGCGGCCAAACCAGAUCUAGAUAAGGUCAUCAGUUUGAAAGAAGCGAAUGUGAAGCUCCGAGCAAAUGCUCUCAUCAAAAGAGGCAGCAUGUACAUGCAGCAGCAGCAACCCUUGCUAUCUACUCAGGAUUUUAACAUGGCUGCUGACAUUGAUCCUCAGAAUGCAGAUGUUUACCACCACCGAGGACAGCUGAAAAUACUACUUGAUCAAGUUGAAGAAGCAGUGGCAGAUUUUGAUGAAUGUAUCAGGUUAAGACCUGAGUCUGCUCUGGCACAAGCUCAGAAAUGUUUUGCACUGUAUCGUCAGGCAUAUACGGGAAACAAUUCUUCACAAAUCCAAGCAGCUAUGAAAGGUUUUGAAGAGGUCAUAAAGAAAUUUCCAAGGUGUGCUGAAGGCUAUGCACUGUAUGCUCAGGCAUUAACAGAUCAACAGCAGUUUGGUAAAGCUGAUGAAAUGUAUGAUAAAUGUAUUGACUUGGAGCCAGAUAAUGCCACAACAUAUGUUCAUAAAGGUUUACUUCAACUUCAGUGGAAGCAAGAUCUGGAUAGAGGUUUGGAACUUAUCAGCAAGGCUAUUGAAAUUGACAAUAAAUGUGAUUUUGCAUAUGAAACCAUGGGAACUAUUGAAGUGCAAAGGGGAAACAUGGAGAAAGCCAUUGACAUGUUCAACAAAGCUAUUAACCUGGCCAAAUCAGAAAUGGAGAUGGCCCAUCUGUAUUCACUUUGUGACGCCGCCCAUGCCCAGACAGAAGUUGCAAAGAAAUACGGAUUAAAACCACCAACAUUAUAAAACAGGGGGAAGGAGACUGGCCCUCUUUUUAAAAGUUUACCCCCUCUUCAACUGAACCCUAAAGACACUGUCAAGAACUGUGCUGAAUGGUGGGACUUAGCAUUUCCAUUUGUGGUAUUGUCGUUACAUCUGUCUCAUGUUUAGGUGUUGUGGGCGUGGCUGUUAAAGGACAUUUGCCGUCUUGCAGCUUCUAUUCCCUGUGCAACAAAAGCUUAGAACCUGUUAACGGGAUAUUAAAAUAAAGUUGCAAAGAGUACAAAUGAUAAUUGGCCAUGCAAAUAAAAACUCUGAUUUGUUGAUUUUUUUAUGGGGGAUUGUGGGAUUAUGUUUAGGAUGAUUUUGUCUUUAUAUGUGUGUAUAUAGUAUGAGUAUUUUACAGCUGUUGGUUUUAAAAUUCACAUCGUAAAUGCUGUAAAAUAGAUUUCUUUUAUAGUCAGUCCCUUAGUUGAAUUUUUUUUUUUAAGGAAACAAAGCUUAAACAGGGAUUAUAGUAAAAUUCAGAGACCCUGUGUCAGCAUGCACAGUGCCUCUGAUUAUGCAGAAUUUUAGAAACUUAGUGGCUACUGUUAAUCUUCUGGACCCCCUUCUGCUCUAAUGGAUAAUGUACAUCCUUCUGAAAGUCUGCAACAGCUGGUUUUCAUACAGUAAAUUAUGUAGCCACAAAAUAUUCUACUUGAUAUAUAUACUGAAAGACUCAGUGCUGAUGGAUGAAUGGACCUGGCAAAGAGGUAAGAUAAAACGGAAGUGUGUUUGUAAUUGUAACUAUUUUCUGUAAAAAGUACUAUUAUUUAAUAGUGUACUUUUAAAAAAAUGCAAGGUAGCUGUGUCCACGCACCUGUAGUCCUAUCUACUUGGGAUGCUGAGGUGGGAGGCUUGGGGAUGCUUGACCCAGGACUUUGAGGCUACAGUAUACUAUGAUGAUCAUGCCAGCAAAUAGCUACUGCAUGCCAGCCUGGGCAACAUAUAAAGACCUUGUUUCUUAAAAAAAAAUUUUUGAAAUUAAAAAAAAAAGUGCAGAUUUCUUUUGUGUAUAACCCAAAUAAAGAUGGAAUAAGUGUGAUAUAUGGGAGUAAUUAGCUUAAAAUUUCUAGUGGAGAAAAUGACUCAAGGUUUAGAAAGGAAGUCCUAGAGCCAGAGCAUAGUAUUUCCUGAAAUAACAAGUUUAGUGCAUCAACUAUGACUACAUAUGCUUAAGUAAUCUUGAGCCAGUAUUUUUGAAGACCCUGAGGCUGUGUAGAGUGUUUCUAAGUUUGCACUAACCUUGAUCUUUAAGGACUAGCUACCCAUGUCCAAGUCUUUACGAGGGAUGCUGACAGCAGAUUUUUGUUUUUGUUUUGUUUUAUCUUUAUCUCCUUUCUUAGAAAUCACUUUCAGUUUUAUUUCCAAUUGCCACUUGUAUAGACUAUCCUUUUGCUUAUAUGCUGGAUUUUUCUGGCAGGAAAGGGGUUGUAUUCUUAAGGGGUCUCUUGUUUGGAGAUAUUCUGGAUGGGGAAAGGUCUACUUAAGACAGACUAUAACUAAAGAGCAAGCCUUCAGUUCUCCUUUUCUGGAAGUUUAAUUAUAGUUAAGACUGUUGGGAGUAAAAGCAUUUUUACCCCCUCUUUAAAAGGGUGCUUUAUCCUGUUGAAACUAAAAAGAUUUUGUCUAUAAAUGCUAUCUUUUUAGAAACUCUUAGAAAUGACUCUUCAAAGUCAAUCUUUGGAAAAUAUAGGGGGUGCCAAAAAAAUUGUAUAUACAUUUUAAGUAUGAUGUUCGCCCAAAAGAUGGCAUUAAUCAAAUGAAUGCUAGCAUCACCAUAUGACAGGCAGGACAAAGAAAAUGGUGGAAGCACAAUUGAGCAAACAUACACAUUGCUGCCAUAAUUUAACUUUGCAAAGUAAUACAUAGAUAACAUCUCUUAAAGUGUAUAUAUUUUUUUUGGCACCACCUAUAUUUAAGAGGCCUCUAAUCAUUAGGAGCAGUUAAUGUAAUACAAGAUGGCUUGGAUGAUGGAAUGUUUGAGAGCUCUUCAUUUUGUUCUUAAAUUGUGCACCUAUUAUGAUAACCCCUGAGUACAGAAAUAUUCUACAUCUCUGAAUGACCUCUGAUUUAGUUUUUAUUUGCAUGGCUGUAGUUACAUGAACGCUGAGUUUUCUUCUACUCUUCUCCCUCUUCCCCCUUGGGGCUGGGUAGACAACCACAAAGGAAACACGCAUGUGCCAUUCAGUACUAUCAUUCCAAAUUCUCACGGACUAUUGCCUGUUGUGAAAAUUAUCUGAAACUGCACUGAAAGCUGCAUCUGUCUGUAUCUUUUCUUUUGUAAAUGACCUCACAUGUAAAUUCACCAAAUAAAUAUUACAUUCAA